UUCGAUUUUAGUUAACGAACGACGAUAAAACGAAACCGAACUGUCGCACGCGCUUUUGGUUAGAACCAAAAUACACAGAAAAGUACAAAUAUUCAGCAAAUAUUUUGUUUUGAUUUCUAUUCUGCUACAAGUAAAGGAGUAAAAGAAAAGCCCUAAGAUGGUGUCAGUGGAGACAAUUGGAUCGAUAUUCAUCAAAACAUUUAAAUUGACCAUCAAUGUAGUUGUGCUCAUCCUUUAUUGCAUUGGCGAUGAGGGUAUUUUCUUGGGCGUUAGCGGCACGUGGAACUUAAAUGAGGAGAAGAGCCCUUCCCCGGAAAUAGUCGCUUCGGGUAUUUUUGUAGGCUUUCUAAUCUAUACCACAGUGCAUACUUUGGCGUACUUCUUUGGAACCACCAAACAUAAACGCGAACUAACGGACACAUUGAUGAAUAUGGUUGGCACGGCGAUGUGGGUCACCAUUGGCGGUGUGGCUCUACAUUACUGGUGCGGUUACAUGUCUGAUCAGGACUUCCUCUAUGUAAAUGCUGAGCGCCAAACGGGCAUCGCAAUGGGUGCGCUAUGUGUGAUUGAAGGUGCUCUCUAUUUGCUGGACACGGUAUUAGCCUGCAUACACUACUCCAAGGCGGAAGAUGUUGAAUACACGGGGGUUGGACAGUGAGCGCAAGAGGAAUGAUUGCGGAUGCACCGAAUACAUUUUCUAUUUUACAUCAUUUUAUUUUUACCAAAGUGCAAAUUAAUUUUAAAAAAUCCAAAAAACCCACAAACAGCAUUCUACAUAAAUUAAUCAUAGUUAUAAAAAACAUUCAAUUUUGUUGAAGCCAUGAAUAAAUUCAAUAAACGUACAAGUCCCCUGUGCA